AUGGCCAAAUACUACGAGAUCGUCGUGUAUACGGCCAGCCUCAGCAAGUACGCGGACCCGCUUCUCGACAAGCUAGACCCCGAAGGAGUCAUUCGUUACCGGCUAUAUCGCGAGCACUGCGUUCAGUACGAGGGUUGCUAUGUGAAGGAUCUAUCCUUACUUGACCGUGACAUCGCGCAGACGAUCAUCAUCGACAACUCACCGAUGUCGUACAUUUUCCACCCGCGCAAUGCCAUCGGCUGUUCCAGUUUUAUUGACGAUCCGAAUGAUCGAGAGCUCGUUUCCAUCUCUCGCUUCCUCACAAAGAUCCGCGACGUGGAAGAUGUGCGCAACCACCUGCACAUCUGGGAUGCCGACUAUUAGCACGCGAUCGACUCAGCGGCUUGCCAACUUUCCUUUUGCUAUUGAAGAACCAAGUGUGACCUAAAAGUAUAUUAGAAAUACGAAUUACUUAGAUUAUAGAUAAGAUCAAUAAAAAUAAUCAUGUUUCUCAAAAGCAGGAC